AUAGAUGCAGCAUGGGGUGUGUAGUUUCACUUUCUUUUCCGCCUACAUCUCCCAGCGUUCACUCAGCUCCUUUUAUUUUCUCAACCGUGUCCUAAUGCCUUCAUAAAUCUACACAUUUACCUGCUUCUCUCUCCGGUGAUCGCUUGGAGUAAAAUAUUGCAGCAUUGGACGCGCAUGUUGCUGUCCAACUUUCCUUUGUGCUAAAUAAAAAGCGAGUAAAUCCAGUCCCUCAGGGUCCUUCAUGAGAGACCGGAGUGCAGGGAUGGUAAGCAAACCCUGUCUGCAGAUAUAGUGUGGUUUAUAUCGGGCUUGUAUCGUUGGGAGCGGAUGAUCAUGGAGCUCCGGGCGGCAUCGGCGGACGCGCAGCAGCAGCUGGCCGGUGACAGGACGCAUGAGAGCCGCAUGGACGAGUACCUGCGCUCGCUGGGCUUUUACCGCAAAAAGGUCGCCAAGGACGGGUCAUGUCUGUUCAGGGCCGUGGCAGAACAGGUGUUGCACUGUCAGGGUUUACACACACAGGUGCGAGCGACCUGUGUGGAUUAUCUGAGACUGAACCGAUCUACCUAUGAGCUGUUUAUUGAAGGCAAUUUUGAGAAGUACCUGGAGAAUUUACAGGACCCUCAGAGCUGGGUUGGACAGGUGGAGAUCACAGCUUUGGCUGAGCUCUAUAAGCAUGAUUUCGUUAUUUUCCAGGAGCCUGAUCAACCCCCCGUUAACAUCACAGAGAAUGGCUUCACUAAAAAGGUGCGACUGUGCUUCCUCAAUGGAAACCAUUAUGACAGCGUUUACCCACAAUCUUUUGAGAAAAGUGCUGCUAUGUGUCAGUCGAUCCUGUAUGAGCUGCUGUAUGAUCGAGUGUGUGGCGUCGAGCGCAGUAUUUUAGGUCCGUGUACGAAAGGAGGGAAAGGACGAGAUAAACUGGAUUCAGAGGAAUGCAAGAGCAGUGAGGAGUCUGACCUGGAGGAAGAUGAGUUCUGGUCCAGUGAACCCAGAGAAAAGCCAACCAAUGGGAUGAACAUCAGACCGCCGCAGAGGGGUCGUGGGAGGGGCCACUCUCGAGGAAGGGGGCGUGACCUUCUCUCCUCUAAGGCGCAAAAGUCCCUAAACCCCGCCCUCUACAGGAACGUGGAGUAUGACGUGUGGCUCCGUUCUAAACGAAUUCAGCAGCAGCGGGAUUUCUGCAUGGCCGCAGGAAUGCAGUACUCUGUCGGAGAUAAGUGCAAGGUGCAGCUGAAUAAUCGCUUCUAUAAUGCUUACGUACAGGAAGUCAGUCCUGACAAUGGGCCAGUCACUGUGUUUAUUGGGGAACUCAACAAACAAGAAACUGUGCCAUUGUUGAGUUUGCGUCUUCCAUCUGAAGAGACUCAGUCAUGGCAGACGGCAGAAAAGGGCAAAAGACAUGGUGCACCAAACAACAGCACACAGACGUCCUCCGAAUGGGAGAGCAGAGGAAGUCGGCGAUCAAACAAAAUGCCAUCUCAGUCGGCACCCAGCGGUCGUGUGCAUAAGCAACACUCCUGGCCUCCGCAGGCCACCUCAGAUGACACAAAAAACAAGUUCAGACGGUCCGAUCAGCGCAGCAGUCCUGUGUGUGUGCUUCCAGAGGAGGAGAACGCCAUUUUGGAGCUUCUGCAUAAAGACGAGCACAACUUCCCCUCACUGGGAACAAGCCCCCAAACGGCCACUGCUAGUGAAGUCAUAAAGAAAGGAGGGGAAAAGAGAGGUUCCCGGAAGAAGGACCAAAAGGAGCAUAUCUCAGAGACGGUUUUUUGGCUUUCAGAAACACCCCAGAGGCCUGUACAGAGACAGAAGAGCGCCACUGAAGAAAAACAUGGGAUAAAGGAUUCUGAGGAAUCAGGGCAGAAAUCUUCGUCAACAAUAAAAGAGAAAGUACAAGAGAAACCCAUCCCUGCCUCUCCUUUUCCACCUCCUGCUGUUAUUGUCUCAUCUGACCCCAAAAAAGCCCCAUCUUCAUCUCCGUCUGAAUCUGCUAAAGCCCUUGGUCCUAAUCAGUCUGCUCCUGAGGCAAUUAAAAAGACCACUAUCCCACCUAAGGCUAGCUCUGCUCGAAGCCCAGUUAGCAGUCAGUUUGCUCCGGUGUCCACUUCAGCCCCAUCACAGUCCAUCUCUGUGGCAGGAGCGGUCUCUGUUACCACCCCUGCCACUAUUCAAUCUAUGCCUGCACCGAAACCUACCCAACCCUCAUCCCAAACUGUCCCAGUGCCUACCGUAGUUCUGCCCAUUCCUAAUCUUAAUUCCCAGCCCACUCAAACACCAUCUCAGAUUAGCUCGGUUGCAUCUCAAAUCACCCCUGUCCAAGUACCUGCUGCUUUCCCAACUCAAACUACUCUGGCCCUUUCUGGCUCAGUCCCACGUGCCUCUGUUGAACCAAUCCUGUCCAUUCAAACCGCCCCACCAGCUUCUAUUUCCGCUCCACCAUGUAUACCAGCCUCUGCAAUACCUGUUUCUGCCCCAGCUCAAGUUCUUGCCCCUAUGUUAGAUGCCCCAGAUCCAUCUUCUACCACCCUUCCCAUUGAUGGAAGCAGUGGUCCACCAAUUGCAGAAAUAACUGUAGACCCUCAUACUACUGUGACACCAAUCCCUCUUUCCCAUGAUCCUCCCACCUCCAUCUCUCCUUCCUCUGGUCCUGCCCAUGCUCCACCUCCAGACUUGCCUCAGUCCUCAUUCAACUCAUCAGAUCCACGACCCUGUGAAACAGCCAUGCCUGCCUCUGGUGUAGCACCUGCUCCUGAGCUCCCAUCACAACCCCAACAACUCCCCUAUCCUCAUGUCCAAUGGUCUCAGCUCCUUCAGGACCCAGUUUAUCCAGGGUUCCCCAAAAACGAGAAGGGAGAGGUGGAACCGCUGCCCCCCUAUUCCUUCUCCCAAACAGGAGAAGACCUACCACAAGAUAUCAAUAUCCUCAGGUUCUUCUUCAACCUUGGUGUCAAGGCAUACUCUCAGCCGAUGUUUCCUCCCAUCGUUUAUCUGGGUGCGCUAAACCAAGCCUAUCAGAUGCACCUUAGAGGCCCUCCUCCUUCCUCGGACUCUCCUGCUAACCCCACCGUGACUUCAUGGCAACCAGAAAACCCUUCUCCUCCUCGGAAUUUGAGCUCCAUCCCUGACACCUCAUUGGACAGCCAUGCUCCUGUUGCACCUGUAGCAUCUGGUAGCGGCCCUGUUGGUCCAAUAGAGUUGGGAGCGUACAAUGAUCACCCUGUAUCCAUUCCGAUGCCGCUGCCACCAAUGGCCUGGCCAGCUUCCUCUGGUCUAAGUACCUAUGCUGGGUCGUACCCUCCAGUGCAGUUUUCAGCACCACCCUAUCCACCCCCUGGGAAUCAGAUGUAUCCGCCGACAUCUGUUGGGUACCACCGUAUACAACUUCCAAUGCCUCUUGAAGCCUUAAACCAUGGCCCUCAUGGCCGGAUGGAUUUCUUGCCGUUUGUUCCUCCAACAGUGGACAGAGGUCAAGGGAAUGGCCAGAGGUCUGUGAACCCCCAGUUUGGGUCCUUGCAGAAUACCGCUGGCUUUCCUGGAAGCCAACCUCAUUUGAGUGGUGGUGAUUACAAGCCUUUAGACAUUCCCGUUUCAGUGGCCACGAUGGAACCUCCACCCUUUAGUGGACAUUGUCCUGUUGCACAACCUUUUCAGAUUGGCCCAUUGCAAGGAGACAUGGCAGGAUUGACCCAUUUAACCAAUGGGAACUUAGGAAAACAAGGGGGACUCUUCCCAAAGAGCCUUCAUGCUGGUCUUAUUGCAGAAGACCCUUCUCGCUCCAUUCACCCUUAUUCUCCUAAUGAUAAGUGGUCGGUGGAAGAGAUGGAGUUUCACAAUGUGGAUCUCAGCACCACUCAGUCCUUUUACAGCCAGUCCUACAGGGGUGGAGGAAGACGUGGCCAAGAUGACAGAGGAGGAUAUCGAGGCAGGAGCCAUCGUGGCUGGAAAGAUUAUUCUGGCCGAGGCAGACAAGAUGACCAGUCAUUCUACAGAAAUUAUAUGAGACGAGGUGCAGGGCCAAGAGUAGAGAUGCAGUUACCAUAUCUGUGAUGCUGGAUAUACACCUUUUUUUUUGGUUUACGAUAUCAGAUACACAAAAUUUGUUGUUUUGAGUUUCUGGGUGGCUUUUGGCAAAUUAUAUUGAUUAGUAAUGUAUACAAUGCUUUUAAGUUUUCUGGCAUUUUCUCUCCCCACAUUGAUUAAAAGUAAAGCAACUGUUUCACCUGUUCCUAUUUCACUAAACCCCUGUAAAAAUGUAAUUGUGUGUUUGCAUAGGUAAUAAAAUCUUAUAAAUAUUUUUGUUUUCUUGUUCCUACAUGCACAGCAAAAGGGAAAAAUAUUGGUUUUAUAUUGCAUACAACUUAUCAGAUCUAUGUGCACUUCCUGUAAACACCGAAAUCUUUAUUUGCAUCUUUUAACGUGGGUAUUUUUUAGACUGGUUCUCAGAGGACUGUCCUAAAAGUCAGAUUUUUCCUGAAAAGCUCGUAAACAAUUCAGUUCAAUUAAUGGUGUAAUCAUAUCACCGGACGCAGGAAAGUGCCUUUUUGUCAAGUUUUUCUUUUUUUUUGUUGUUGAAAAUUUGGUUUUGAUUGAGUUUCUGACUGUUUCUUUAUUGCGCACCAUCAUCCCCCCAGCAGGGUUCUGGGGUAUCUGCUGAAUGAAUGUUGAUGCCAAAUGCCUGCAAUAAAAUACAUUUCU